AUGUGUGCUUUAUACAUAAAUUUCUUAGAGACUACCUGCAAAGAUACAAACGAAGAUCUGGUUUUGACCGUGAAUGGUCAGAAACUUACGAACUGGGUUGAAAAGAUUGACACCAAAAAAAAAAAAUUAUUACAAAAAAAUUAUACUAUUACCGGGAAUGAAACGAUGAACAUUACGUGUGAAGCUAGAAAAAGGUUAAAGAUUUAUAAUGCUCCAGAGUUUUAUUACAGAAUUGAAAACCAAACUCAGGAAAUAGAUACUAAACGAGGGACGCUAGUUGAGCUAGAUCACUGUACGAAGCAUAAAGAUUGCAAAAAAAUUAGCGUGAAUCUGACAGUGGUCCCAGGGUCUUCCUUAACAUGCAAUACGACGUACAAGUCUGGUGGACAGCGGAAAAUCAUACAUUUGGUUUUAUUUUUUUUUAUGAUUAAGAUACAUGAGAACAAGACCGCGGUUUCCCAUAAAAUGUUAGCAAUAAAAGGUCUUAAAACGGAAAACAUAAGAUUCGAUAACGGAACCAUUAUAUCAUAUAAAUUUAAACAUGGCGAUGAAAUUGAACUAACGUGCCUCAGGAAGCCGACGCGUCACGGCAAAUUUAACUUAGCAUGGUAUAAAAAUGGCCAAAGUCUAACAAGAACAAAAGAAAAAGAAGUGAAACAAAACUUUCUUUUGCAUGAUGUGGAUAAUGGGUCACUUAUUACCUGUGGAUUAGAUGGAUCACUUUAUGAAGACUCUUACGAUUAUUAUGAAGACAUACCACCGUAUUACGAACAUCACGAAAAUAUAUCAAUCGUAUUAUUAUAUGAAAAACAUAUAACUAAUACUAAAGGACCUACAACAAAAGUUCAAACUAAAAUGGCUUCGGCACCAGAUAAUAAGAUAGCGGUUGCCAAUAAAUUGUUAGAAAUAAAAGGUCUUAAAACGGAAAACAUAAGAUUCGAUAACGAAACCAUAAUAUCAUAUAAAUUUAAACAUGGCGAUAAAAUUGAACUAACGUGCCUCAGGAAGCCGACGCGUCACAGCAAAUUUAACUUAGCAUGGUAUAAAAAUGGCCGAAGUCUAACAACAUCAUAUUUUGAAGAUGAAGUGAAACUAAACUCUCGUCUGUAUGAUGUGGAUGAUGGGUCACUUAUUACAUGUACAUUAGACGAAGACGUUGAUCAAAAUGGCCAAGACUUAGUACCGUAUCACGAAAGUAAAUCAAUCAUAUUGUUAAAUGAAAAAUAUAUAACUAAUACUGAAGGACCUAUGACUACAGCUCAAUCUAAAAUGACUUCGGCACCAGAUGAGAAACGUAACAAUACAGACGAAACUAACAUUGGAAACAAUAUCCCGCUCAUUGUUGUACCUGUUGCUGUUGGUGGACUAGUAGCUGUAGUGGCUGGAGUUAUAAUAUUUGUAUGGAAAAAGAAUGAAACUAAAAAAUCAAAGAAGGAAAAGGAUGAUAUGCUUUCUGAAGAAACAACGAUAAGCAAAGAUGAGCCUCGCAACGAAUGGGAAUUUCCGAGACAUCGAAUAAGAUUAUGUAAUAUUGUCGGUGAAGGUACUUUCGGUCAAAUAUGGCGAGCAAAAGCUAUGGAUAUAGACGAUUCCGAAACUACGGACACUGGUACA